UCUUAUUGUUAUUCUACUUCUUUUUUAAUCAUGUUCUGCGGAAAAAAGCAUUUUGACUUGGAAGAUAUUCCAGAUCUCACUGGUAAAACUGCUAUCAUUACUGGUGCAAAUACUGGUAUUGGUCGCGUUUGUGCAUUGGAAAUGGCAAGAAAAGGUUGUAAAAUUAUUCUUGCUUGUCGUACCGAAUCCAAAACUUUACCUGUAAUAGAAGAUAUAAAGAAAGAAACUGGGAAUGAUCAACUUGAAUUUAUACCUUUGGACCUUUUAUCACUUCAAUCUGUUACCAAGUUUGUGGAAACAUUUAAACAUCGGCAUGAUACUUUGAAUAUUUUAAUAAAUAAUGCUGGUGUCAUGAUGUGUCCUUUUGGUCUUAGUCAAGAUGGAAUUGAAACUCAGUUUGCUACCAAUCAUGUUGCUCAUUACUAUCUUACAACUCAACUCAUUCCUCUCUUGGAAAAAAGUACUCCUAGUCGUAUUGUCACUGUCAGUUCAAUGGGUCAUCGUGGUUGUCUUGGUGGUUUGGAUUUACAAAAUAUCAAUAAUUCCAAGAAAUAUAGUAGAGCAGGUCACUAUUUCAAAUCAAAGGCUGCCAAUGUUCUCUUUACUCGUGAAUUAGCUAAACGUUUGGAAGCCAAGGGUAUCAAGCAUGUUUAUGCAAACUGCAAUCAUCCUGGUGUAGUCAAUAGUGACUUGACUCGACAUACCAUGGGUUCAUGGGCAAAUUCUCUUUACAAUUUCUUUGUUACCAUAUCCACUGAAGAUGGUGCCACCACUCAACUUUAUCUUGCCACUAGUCCUGAAAUUGAACAAAAGAAUAUCAAAGGUCAAUACUAUGUUCCUUAUAGUGUAGUCGGUCAAAUCUCCUCUGUUGCAAGCUCAGAUACCAAUGCAAAGGAACUUUGGGAAUUCACAGAAAAUUUACUCAAGGAAAAGGUUCCUGGUUAUCAAGGUUCUCCCAUCUAAAAGGA